UGCUGCCCAAAGAAGAAGCGAGCACGCGAGGAAGAGCCGCUGCUGCCAUGGGGCGAGUGCAAGGAGGGAUGCGCUGCGUCAAGUUCCUGCUCUUUCUUUUCAACUUCAUCUUCUGGUUGGCAGGUUCAGCUGUUAUCGCAUUUGGGCUAUGGCUGCGGUUUGGAAAUGUUAUAAGAGAUUUAGCAACUGAUGAGGCCUCCCCAGAAUAUUUUUAUAUGGGACUGUAUGUCCUGAUAGGAGCAGGAGUACUGAUGAUGGCAGUGGGAUUUUUUGGAUGCUGUGGAGCAGCACGAGAGUCUCAGUGCCUGCUUGGAGCAUUUUUUACUUGCUUAUUGGUGAUUUUUGCUGCUGAAAUCGCUGCAGGGGUUUUUGCUUUUCUGGGCAAGAAAACGGCAGUCAACGAAGUCCAAGCUAUCUAUGAAAAAGCUUAUGAAAACUACAUCAGUGAUCAAAGCAAAAACAAAACAAUCAUCAGAUUUCAUGAUGCACUUCAAUGCUGUGGGAAAGACAGUGACGCUCAAGUAAAACCCACCUGUCCAAAAGAAAUUGUGCCGUCUAAAAACUGUCUGACUGAAAUAGAGACUCUUGUUAAUUCAAAUCUUCAUUUACUUGGCAUUGUUGGGAUUGCAAUUGCUGGAAUCACAAUCUUUGGCAUGGUCUUCAGCAUGGUCCUUUGUUGUGCUAUCCGAAAUACAAGAGACAUGCUUUAGAAUGUUUCCUGUUUCGCGUUACUUUGAACCCAGGACUGAAAGAAAAGCUGCAACACAGUUCUGAAGAAGUGCUUGCCCACUCAACUUAACAACUGUAAUCCAUUUUAAUUAGAUGUUAAUCAACUGACAGAAAAGAGGGGUGUAUGAUGAGUUCAAGAGCUUCUUGUGAUUGCAUUUAAAAUUUUUAAACAAUUAAGAUAUGAGCAAUAAGAUAGGCUAACAAUCCCUUUUCAAGGCCAACAGUGAUAUCUAAAACUAAAAUUUAUUUGAAGUAUGACUUUGCACAGGUAUGGAGGAAUAGGCCCUGUAUGUAUGUGUGCUUGUUUGGGUGCUGAUGCACUUAUAGCUGUAUAUACAGUUCCUUUUAUUGUAUGUAUGUUUUGUGAGUAUCUUUAUCUGCAUGCAUAUUUCUGCAAUAUGUAUAUUAUGCAUGCGCAUGAGUGUAUACACACAC